AUGAUCGCCUAUGGCACUGAUGUCUUCGACGACGUUCCCCACAGUUACGACCCAUCUCACAGUCAAGAUCUCGGCCCCUGCGACCUUCGGAUUCUCGCACACUGGCUCAACACUUACUAUCUCAAGGACGGAAGUCUUCGAACGAUUGAGGACCUACAGCCAGGAUUAAGUAAUGUGGUUGGCGUGCGCAUCAACUGCAAUGGCGACGUCGAUAUCGACGGUCGUCCUCGUUACGAGCCCAUAGAGCUUCCUGCCUUCCAUCGUAUCUUUGAACAAACAGCUACCGACGUUUCAAGCACAUCGAAAUCCCUCUGA